CGACAGGAAUCACCAACUGUUCGACUGCGCUGCUGAAGCUUGUGACGAGCUCGACGAGUCUCCUUGUCUUUCUCUUUCCUUUGUGCGACUUUGUUAUUGGCAUUCGUUCGGAGCAGGUCUCCUACCCAUGCUAGUCUACCUAAUUACUAUCUAAUAGCAUACGCUGAUACGGCAUCUCAAACACGGCUCUGGAAGCCCGCUACGACCAAAAUGGAUUUUCGACACGUUACGCCUCCUUCAGAAAUACAGAUUUGUGGCUACGAUGACUUGUCCUGCCCAGGUGGCAGUGCAAGCACCGAUGGCACCUACUUCCCGCAAGAUUGGUCUCCGCAGACGACCUUGACAGCGGCCACCACACCACCCCGAUCACCUGGGAUCAUUCGAGAGAAUGGUUCAAGACUACUUCCAAAACCCAGAUACCAAGACCAGGUCAUUGAGCCCAGCUACAGCCGCUCCUCGGCAUUUCAUUCACAUCACCGAACAUCUUCCUUACCAGUCAACCCUGAUGGCCACCAAUUUGGCCCGGCUUUGCCACGUCCCUCUGUGGAUCGGAGAUCGACCAGUCCAUAUGCUCAUGCGAGAACCGUCUCUGUAUCUCCACAACCGACAUCGUUGUCCAAUUCUCUCGGCAUUAGCCGGCCUUCUAUGAGCAACAUGCGAUCCGCCUCAUCAUCACACAUUUCCAAUGUCCGAUCACAUUCACGGAACAUGUCGUCUAGCAGUAUCGACGCGGCAAUGCUUAGCAGAUAUGGCUACCCAACUUAUCGUCAAAGUCCAAAUGCGCAGCCAUUGCCCGUCUCUCUGCCUGCCUCAAGACCACCGACUGCGAUGAGCUUCCUCGCUCCCAUCGUUGCGCCGAAUGGACAGAUGCAAUCUUAUCCCAACCAACGCCGAACGGCGAGUCCGCCUGCGAGGCCUUCCCGGCUAUCUGUCGAAGCCGAGGUGCCUGUUCCAACGGAUGUUCCUAGCCCUACCUCGACUGUCCUGGACUACCUGACCGAACCUAAUCCGGCUCCAUCGCUCAUCAAGAAAAUCACCAAAGCCGACACGAAUCAAGUCAAUCAUUUCUGGUUCGAUAUCCGAAAUGUCAGACCAUGGACCGACUUCACCGUCGACACAAUCUCGUCUAUCCCCGGUCUUCUCGAUCUCCUUAAGAUCGACGUGUCCAUGAGAGCGCUGCCCAAACCAGGACAAGUCAACCUCUCGCCAGAGACUCCAGCUCAACUUGCUGAGCUUUGCGCCAUGCACCACGCCGUCAAAGUCAACGCUGCUCUCAAGGUAGCGCAGGGUGAUAAGCACAUCGCCAUGCGAGCUCUGCGAUCCGGUCCCGGUGCCCGUCAGCAACCCGAGUUCGUCGCCAACUACCAGUCUGAUGGCGAGAAGACGAUCUACGGAGACGGUCGAGGUCGUGUCGUCGGUAUUGUCAAGUCUUACGAUCAGUGGAACUCUGGCUACCGCAACGGCUCGCCCAUCGACAAGAUAAAGUACCUCGAGCAUCUAUCACAUCUCCAUCGCUUCAUGCGCGAACACGGCACACGAUACGGAUUUAUCAUGACGGAGAUUGAACUGGUCUGCGUUCGAGCCGGAGGUCCUCCCGCCUCGUCCACCACAGAUAUUGACAACAACUCCAACCCAAAUAUUCCUCUGUUCGGCUUCCUCGAGAUUGGCCCCUCAGUACAAAUUUCCGCUUCCGCUUCACCCAAUCAAAAUGUCGAUGGCUCCGCGCUGCCCUUGACCAUGACUGCGGAUCUCGCUCUCUGGUAUCUGCAUAUGCUUGCGAAAGAGCAACCUUUUUCGGGGCAGUUCCAUUGGAAGUUGGAGGUCGGAGGACCGACUGCGUUGACGAGGAGACAUCAUUUGCCGAGAGAUGAUUGGAUGCCUAAGGUCAAUCAGCAGGACAAGAGGGUCAGCAAGAGAAUCAGAGGCUGGACCUGGCCGGAUGAGCCGCUGCAUAAGCGGGAGUGUGGAAAUGGCAGGGCACGAGGGAGGCGGUAGGGUUUGUUCUCGAGAUUGGCUACAAGAAGGGAUUGUAAUGGGGUGGCUAGGGUCCCUGCAUCUGAAAUGAAGAUAGAUGACGACAAUAUCAUGUUAUGCUCGAGAAGAGGAAUCACGAAACAUGCUGUACAUAUG